UGUGACACCAGGUUGAGUGUUUCGGAGCGUCCCAUUUUCUCUCGCUGCAAGCGCAGCGGAUACAACCCGGCACUGUGCGUCCACAACCCGGCACUGUGCGUCCACAACCCGGCACUGUGCGUCCACAACCCGGCACUGUGCUUCCACAACCCGGCACUGUGCUUCCACAUGGGGACGCCGCAGCAGAUGAAAGACGCAGUGCAGCGGUGCAUCGACGGCCAUAAAGACGAGCUGCACAGCUUAAGUCGGGACAUCUGGAGCCGUCCUGAACUCGCCGGAAACGAGACACACGCGCACGACAGGCUGGUCCGCUUCUUCUCUCUGGACGAGACAUGGACGGUCGAAACUCACUACAGAUUACCGACCGCCUUCCGGGCCAGCUGGGGUCCGGUCGGUGGCGGGGAGGGAGAGCCUCCGGUGCUCAACGUGUGCUUCCUGUGCGAGUACGACGCGCUUCCGGGUAUCGGGCACGCGUGCGGUCACAACCUGAUAGCAGAGGUGGGAGCAGCCGCAGCUCUGGGGCUGAAAGCUGCUUUAGAGAUCCAGACUGAACUCCCUCAACCAGUGAAGAUAAUAGUUCUGGGAACUCCUGCAGAGGAAGCUAUAGGAGGAAAGAUUGACUUGAUCGAGGCAGAAGCCUUCGCAGACGUCGACCUCGUCUUCAUGGCUCACCCGGCUCAGCAAGACGUGUCAUUCCUGUCCUGUGUCGCACUCGAUGAGGUGUCAGUGAAGUACCACGGGAAGGCAUCUCAUGCCUCUGCAUAUCCUUGGGAGGGAGUGAACGCCCUGGAUGCUGCUGUGCUGGCCUACAACAAUCUCUCUGCACUCAGACAGCAGCUCAAGCCAGAGUGGAGGCUUCACGGUAUCAUCAAACACGGAGGGGAGAAGCCCAACAUUAUCCCUGCCUACACUGAAUUAGAGUUUUAUCUGCGCACUCCGCGGGUUAAGGAUCUUUGUGACCUGAAGGCUAAAGCAGAGGCUUGCUUCAGGGCAGCUGCUGUUGCCACCGGCUGCCAAGUGGAGAUAAUCUACCCAAGCCACGGCUAUUGUAACAUUCUGCCUAAUGCCACACUGGCAAGCCUGUAUGAAAAUAAUGGAAGAGCUUUGGGGAUUCAGUUUCAAGAGCAGUCCGCUGACUUCUGUGGUUCUACAGACUUUGGCAACGUAUCAUUCACAGUCCCCGGUAUCCAUCCUUUUUUCUACAUCUGCACCGACGCGUUUAACCACACAGAGGAAUACGCCGAAGCUGCAGGAGCUGAAGAGGCCCAGUUGUUCACCCUGAGGACAGCCAAAGCCCUGGCUAUGACAGCUGUAGAUGUAGUUGCUGCUCUGCUCUGGCAAGUGAGGGAGGACUUCAGCCUGGCCAAGCUGAAGCAGGAGAAAUAACUCCAAGGCAGCGAUACAGACUUGACAGCUCCAUAAAUACAAUUACUUAUAUAAUAAUGAUAGGAUGUUUUAUAUAUGGUUAAGGUUAAAGGACAGAACCGUAAAACUACAACUCCAGUGUGGUGUUCAAUAUUUUCGACAACGGGGCCUCCCGGAGUAGCUCAGAUAGCACCUUCAUUCUGUUUCCAAGGUUCACAAUCUUGGGAACCCAUUUGUGUGGUUCCAGGAACUGAAAAAAUGGUUACGUUUGCACUUUGAAAUGAUAACAUAUUUUAAAUUUUAAAUAGAAGGUACAAUUACGUGCUUAUGUGAAGCCAAGAAGUGUAAGCACGUUAGUACGUUGUAAUUAUCAUUUAAUCAUCUUUUCUAGUUUUUAGCCGUGACUCUGGGGAUGGUGAAGUCUGCUGCUUGUUUGGUCCACUUUGGUCCAGACUGAAAUAUUUCAACAGCUGGAUGACUGAAGAUGAAAUUGUGUACACGUUCAUGCUGAUUAUAAAACCUGGCCUUUACUCCAGCGCCACCAUGAGGUUUACAUUUUUGAUUUUGUUUUUUUAUCUCUCAACAACUUUUGGAUGGAUUUCUGUCCAAAGUUGAAUAUGUCUAAUAAUAUGGUUUAUGACUAAAAUUUCUGCAAAACUAAUCACAUUCAUAUAAUCAUCAGCUGUAUUUCUCAUUUAGUACUGAUUAACAAAUGUUGGCAUGCUAAACUAAGAUGUCUUAGCAUUUAUGGCAAACCACCACAUAUUAUUAUUAUUAUUAUUUAGCUGACAACGAAAAGUAUAAACUAAAGUGUGUGUAUAAAAAAAAUAUAUAAUUGUACCCCAAAGCGCCUACAAAUAUGCAAUUAAACUGUAUAGCUUCAUACUGUGUACUUCUGCAUUGCAUUAA